UGGCACCAGGGACUUCUGGUCAAACCCUGGACGGCGGGCCAGGCACUUCGAAGGGAGCGGGAGCCAAGAGGCUCUCCCCAGCCGAGGACUGCACCACCGAGGGCGCAUUUCCAGGGAACCAAGGUCAGAAUUAAGAUCCAGGUGGGAAGCAGACGCGGAACCAGGCAGAAGGACGAGCGGUGGAAAACAGACCCGAGAGCUUAAACCCGGGGGGUAGGGGCGCAGCUUCUUGGUUGGUAGGAUUUUGCCCCGCGGGUCCAGCGCAGGAGCCGGGAGCAGGGGGUCCUCUACGACGGGGCUCAGUGGCCCCUGGCACAGCGCCCUUCGCCCAGCUCCACCUGGCUCCUCAGCAGCGUCAGGGAAGGGUCUCUGGUCAAAGACGGGAAUCUGCGGCCAUGGCCCAGGUUGCGGAGCCAGAGGGGUGCGCCCCGAGUACCCAGAGCCUACCUGAGGACCCGGCACUUGUGGAGGAGAGACCCGGCGAGCCUGGAGCAGCCGGCGGGGAGGCGCAAGGGGAGGAGACAAACCCCGGCGCGGUGGAGGCGCCGAGGGGAGAGGGGGCGGGCGCAGCCGCGACGGCCAAGGUGAUGGAAGAAGAAGGCUCGGGCUCUGGGCGGGACGCAGAGCGCGCGAGCGAGGUGGCGCUGGGCGCGAGCUGCGACCCGAGGGCCGAGGAGCAGGGCGCUAGCGGAGAGCAGGGCGCUAGCGGAGAGCAGGGCGAAGGGGAGGUGGAGGGUGCUCGGGAGGGAGAGGAGCAGGCUAGAGGCACAGAGCAGGUGGAGGAAGCGAGCCCGGCGCUUGGAGUUCAGGGCGAGGCCCUCGCGGAGACUCAGGGGGAGCCUGGGGACCCCACAGCCCCAGAGGCGAAGGAAGAGGCGGAGCGGGGCCUGGAGAAGCAGGAAAGCAGCGCGCCAGGGGCAGCGGGGGUCCGCGUGGACGCGGAGGGGCCGGCGGUGGAUAGCAUGGAUGUCGGGGGGCGGGCAGGGGACAGUAUGGAUGUCGGGGGCCCGGCAGGGGACAGCAUGGAUGUCGGGGGACCCGCAGGGGACAGUAUGAAUGUCCUGGGGCCUGAUGGAGACAGCGUGGAUGUUGAGGGGCCGGAGGGUGGGGCGCAUGGGGCAGAAGGUGAGCCCCAGGACCCAGGGGAUAGCAGCCCCCAACCCCAGGAGGAGGCAAUUGAGGCCGCAGUGGCGGAGAACGCGGGGUGCAGCCCGGGGCAGCUUGCGGAGGAGCCUCGAGGUGCAGCGAUGGGCGCCGCAGAGGAGGCUGGGGACCGGGAGGGAGCGGAGUCAGAGGAAGCGACCCCUGGGGACUCGAGGGCCGACACCAGCGAGGACGCGGCCCAGGGUGGGUCCCAGGAGCAGACGGAGGAGGCAAAAGAGGAGAGGCGAGAGCCGAGUCCGGAGGGGCCAGGCGAGGAGCCCACUGCCGGGGGCGAGGAGAAGCCUCCGGACCGCAGCGCGGAUGGGGAGGCGGCCCUGCUGACGGGGGCCACGGAGCCUGAGGCUGAGCUGAGCAACCACUUGGAGGAGGAGAGCAGCCCCGAGCGCGGCAGUGAGGUGCCCCCGGUGAAUGGCAGCCAGGAGGACGGCGAGGCGUCUGAGGAGGGGGCCCCGGGGCAGGAGCACGACAUCACCCUCUUCGUGAAGGCUGGUUGUGAUGGUGAAAGUAUUGGAAAUUGCCCGUUUUCUCAGCGUCUCUUUAUGAUUCUCUGGCUAAAGGGUGUUAUAUUUAAUGUGACAACGGUGGACUUGAAAAGGAAACCCGCCGACCUGCAGAACCUGGCUCCCGGGACCAACCCGCCUUUCAUGACUUUUGAUGGUGAAGUCAAGACGGAUGUGAAUAAGAUCGAGGAGUUCUUAGAGGAGAAAUUAGCUCCCCCGAGGUACCCUAAGUUGGGGACCCAACACCCCGAGUCUAACUCUGCAGGAAAUGAUGUGUUUGCCAAGUUCUCAGCAUUUAUAAAAAACACCAAGAAGGAUGCAAACGAGAUUUAUGAAAGAAACCUGUUAAAGGCCCUGAAGAAGCUGGAUACUUACUUAAACAGCCCUCUGCCUGAUGAAAUAGAUGCCUACAGCGCCGAGGAAGUUGCUGUUUCUGGAAGAAAGUUCCUGGAUGGAGAUGAACUCACACUAGCCGACUGUAACCUCUUACCCAAGCUCCACAUUAUUAAGAUCGUGGCCAAGAGAUACAGAGAUUUUGAAUUUCCUUCUGAGAUGACUGGCAUCUGGAGGUACUUGAACAACGCGUAUGCCAGGGAUGAGUUCACAAACACAUGUCCAGCCGAUCAGGAGAUUGAACACGCGUAUUCAGAUGUUGCCAAAAGAAUGAAGUGAAGCCGGGGUGUUUAAUUUCUCAGUUGUGCGAGCUAGACUCUGAGAAGAGUGUGCCCUUUGCGUUUCCCUCCCGAUAGCCAUGCUCUGCAAAAGAACACCCGUAUUUUAACCAUGUGCAUGUCAUGCAACCCUCCGUGAUACACAGCCUUGUAGUUUGUCAACUCACUUGUGUAGCUGAAUAAUAGCAGCAUCACUUUUUACGCGCA